AUGGAGAAGCUGAGGAGCACCGUGGUCACCCUGAGAUGGCGAGCUGAGGGGCGCACCUUGCUGCCUCUUCCACUCUGUGUGGAAGGAGCAGGACCUCCAGACAUGAGCUCCACUGGUUGGCCACUGGAUGGAGGCUUGUUGUACUCCAUGGAAAGUCUAAUUGUUCAGUGGUCAGGACAGAUCUGGGACGUCCUGAAGAAAGACUCUGGAGCUCUCCUGCUCCAGGGAGACCAUCCAGGCCCCAAUUUGGAGCUCCAGUUCUGGACCUCUCAGAGGGAGAAUCUUGCUGGGAUUCAGUUACAGAUCCAAAGUCGCGAAGUGAAAGAGAUUAUGGAGAUCCUGAGGAGAGUCAAGAGCAGUUAUUACUCCUCCUUCCAAGAGAUCUCUGUCAAAGUCAACGAGGCGCUGCUGGAAGCCGAGGAUAUUGAUCUGCAUCUGCGUCCUUUGAGGAGGCUCAUCACCAACCUGGAGGAGAGAAGUUUCCCUCAGGUGGACACUUUGCUGCCUCCACUUUUCCACUCCCUUUGUCUGAUCUGGAGUCACUCCCGGUUCUACUGCACUGCUCAGCGCAUGGUCGUCCUUCUCCAGGAGUUCUGCAACCUAAUCCUGGACAAGGCCUUUGCCUACCUGAUCCCUGAAGAACUCUUUAAGAUGGAGCUGGAGGAGGGCCAGGAGAGAGUCCAAAUCACCAUCUCAGUCCUGCACACCUUCAAGCAGCUGUUCCACACGUACCGCCAGAAGAUUCUGGGAUUCUUUCAACACAACCAGACCAUAAAGCUUUGGGACUUUCCCGCCUCGCUGGUGUUCCGGCGUUCAGACCGCGUCUUGGAGAGGCUGCUCAUGAUGGAGGAAGUGUUUGCUGCAGCGCUGGACUUUCUGAAGUUGGAGAAAAUAGAAGUUGGUGGAUCCAGAGGCAAAGUCCUCAGCGAGAUGGUCUUCAGGAUGACUGAGGACUUUCAUGAGGGCUGGCGAGCGCUCAGAGAGAGCAAAUAUGAUCCUUUGGACUACAGCGACCAGGUAUUUGUGCAUCAACACAAGCGUUUUAUGGAACAGAACAGAGACUUUGACCAGAGGCUGGGAACGCUCCUAAAUCUGGCCUUUCACAACUCAAACAACCUCAAGUCUACUAUGAAGCUACUACAGCUUUUUGGCAACUUGCUGGAGAGACCCAGGAUCCAUCAGCUCUUCUCUGCUAAUGACAGCGUGCUCCUGGACAUGUUCAAGCAGGAAGUAGACCACCUGCACCUUCUACUUCAUCAACACAGAGAUGAGUCAGGAAGUGUGUGUUUGGGGAAAAAUAUGCCCCCGGUGGCCGGGAGGCUGAAAUGGUCACAGGAGCUUCAGAGUCGCAUUCUGACCAACAGGAGCCACCUGUCUCAAAUGCCUCUGGGCGGCACUGAGGCCGACGCCACCUUUCGGAAGUGUGAGCGUCUUCUAGAAGACUUGGAACAGCAGGACCAGGAGCUUCUCUCAGGGUGGACUGAAGGUCUGGAGGAAGUCUGUCAAAGACACCUAAAAGACCCCCUGCUGACGCUUGACACCAACACAGGCCUGUUCCAUGUUAACUUCAGUCCAGCUUUGACAUCAGUGCUCAGGGAGGUGAAGUAUCUGGGAAUGCUGAAAAGGCAAAAUAUUCCCAAAGCAGCUCUUCUUCUGCACUCUAAACGUGAGAGGAUCUAUGUGCAAAGUCAGACACUGACCUUGGUGACCCAGUGGUACAACCAGCUGCAGGGCACCAUCCUGGAUGUGGAGCAAGGACUAGUUCAUGAUGAGCUCGACAAGACCAGGAGACAGCUGGAUCCGGCCCUGCGGGAGCUUACCUGGGCCCAGGACGACCCCUGGGACUACAUUAAGAGCACACAGGAUCUUGUCCAGAGCAUUUGGAGUCGCGUCCGCAAAAGCAAAGCGAACCUGGAGGCCAUCCAGAACCUGAUGGCCAGACUGAGUCAGUGUGCAUGUGUGAGCAGGAAAAGUGGUGACUCUACUCCUCUGCUGCUCUCUGACAUUGAUGAAAGUGUCACCAAACAACAUGCUCUCAUCAGCAGCACUGGGAAGCAGCUUCACACACUUCUGCAGGAGAACCUGUCUCUCCUGGCCGUGGCCGACGUGAACAGUAUUGAGUGGCAGGCCUACUCGGAUUACGUGGACCACAUGGUCUUGUCAGGCUUGUGUGCGGCCACCCGCUGCUCUCUGCGAUACCUGCUGGAUAACACCGAUGCAGCCCGGCGUAUCGCUCCGCUGUUUGAGGUCCGCUUGGUGCUGAAGGGCGACGGCAUGAGCUUUGACCCCCCGCUUGACUGCAGCCACACGGGCAACUUCUUUGACAUUGUGGAUAAGAUGGUGGCUGACAUCCUAAACCAGGCGUCGUUCAUACCCAGAGUGGCGAGGCACAAACGUCUGGACCACUAUCAGAGUGACAUCAACCAAAUAAAGGAAUUGUCAGACAUGUGCUGGACUUUGCGCUCCCGAGCACGUGCAGCCACCAACAAGGUCAGAGAACAUCAAGAAGUGUUGAACAGCUACCAACACCUCUGGACUGAUGACAGGUCAGAAUUCAUGAGGCAGUUUGUGCUGUAUGGCCGCGUGUUGAGUCCAGAGGAAGCUGAGCUGCAUGAACUGAAGAAGAACCCUCCCACUCUGGAAAACUUCAAAGAGCAGAUCGAUGUGUUUGAGUGUCUGCAUGAGCGAGUGAGCGAGAUGGAGGACGGGAAGGUGUUUUGUGGCUGGCUGCAGCUGGACGUCAGACCCUUUAAGCACACGCUGAUGAACGUCAUCAAGAGAUGGAGCUGGAUGCUGAAGGAGCACCUCCUGAACCAUGUCCAGCAGAGUGUGAGGGAACUCUCCUCUUUCGCCCACCACACGGCUCAGGGUCUUUCCAACAGGGUGUCAGAGGUCGGCCUGGUGGACAUCAUGAGACACCUCAUGGCCAUGAGAGAGAGACACAUCAGCAAUGAACACUUCAAGCCUCUCAAGUCCACAGCUGAGCUUCUCAAGACCUAUGGCCAACAACUGCCAGAGAGCGUCUCCACACAGCUACAAGAGCUGCCGGAGAAGUGGAAGAGUUUGAAGAAAAUGGCUUCCACGGUCAAACAUGAAGUGGCGCGGCUGCAGUCUAAGGAAGUGUCAGUUAUUCUCAGGAAAUGUGUCCGUUUUGAGGUGAAACAGUUUGAGUUCAGAGAGCGGUUUGGAACUGGAGUCAUUUUUAGGAUGAGUGUGGAGGAGCCAUAUAAAGAAAUUGAUAAGUCUUAUGGACUGGUAGCAGCGAUGGAAGCAGAAAUGAAGGCGCUGCAGGGUACGGCCGACCUGUUUGAGGUCAGCUUCCCAGACUACAAGCAACUCCGCCAGUGUCGCUCUGACAUCAUACUCGUCAAAGCCGUGUGGGAUAUGGUGGUUUUUGCCAAGAGCAGCAUAGAGGAUUGGAGCAAGACUCCAUGGAAGGAGAUCAAUGCUGAGCAGAUGGACAUGGAGCUCAGACGUCUGGCAAAGGAGAUGAAGAUGCUGCACAAGGAGGUGCGGGUGUGGGAUGUCUACACAGGCCUGGAGUCAACGCUGAAGAAUCUGUUGACCUCCCUGCGAGCCGUCAACGAGCUGCACAACUCUGCUGUGAGGCAGCAGCUAAUGAACACCACCAAGGUAACGCUCGUGAUGGGAGAGUCCACCACCUUGGGGAACCUGCUGGAAUUGCAGCUUCACCGCGUUGAGGACGAGGUCAAGAACAUAGUAGACAAGGCUGUGGAAGAAAUGGCCAUAGAAAAGACAGAAUAAAGAAGACAGCUUGCACAGCAGUAUGUACUUUCCUCUGGCUCAUGCUCACUUCACAGUUUGUAUCGUAUUUUUCCGACUAUAAGUCGCAGUUUUUUUCAUAGUUU